AUGGCGCUAUACCGCCGCGUGACCUCCGUUAUCCGGCGGCGCGGGGCCCCGACCAUGCUCCCGGCGCGGGCCAUGGCGUCGCUCCUCGGCCACGUCGAACCGGCGCCCAAGGACCCCAUCUUCGGCGUCACCUUCCCCCUUUCCCCUCCCCUCCCCUUCCCUGCUCCGGCGACCGACCCGUCGGCCAAGAAGCCCACCACCUACCCCUCAAGUCGGAUCCGGCAUGGCGCUGUACUCACCUACCUCUUUUCUCGCAUAGGCAAGUCAGAUUAUUCUCAUGGCAGAUACGGACAUGAUUCGCUUGAUCGUCGAACGAAAGCUCCAAGACUAUCAAACAUGGUGGCUGAUGUCACCGGCCCCUAUGAAGCAGCUAUUAAUUCACCACCUUCGGCCGUCAACGAACUCUUACUUCGUAUUUUACGUCUUGGAAUUGGUAGUCCAUACGACAUUGACAUCCAUUGCAUAAAGAGCCUCAAUGAGCUCCCUGAGUCAGGUGCUGUUGCGGUCCUUAAUCAGUUUCUGAUAACAUGUUCUGACAAACGCAACAAAGGAGAAUAUUUCCUUUCAUUAAUUGCUAAGCGCAAGGUUGAGGCUUUUGGUGCAGCACAAAUAUUACAGGAUACUACUUCUUUGUCCAGAAAUUCUGAAAUACAAACCAAGCGAUACCGACAUCAAGAUUACGAUUACACAGCAUCCGGGUAG